AUGCUAUCAGCCAGACUUCGACCAUUGCCUAAACAUACAAACAUUUCAAUGAAACGAAACAAAGUUAAAGCAAUAGACGACACUAGACUGGAUACAGAUUCCCACAUUCCAGCAAGUGCAAGUGCAAGUGCAAGUGCAGCUGCUGCCACCACAACUUCUACAGAUCAGCGCCACCACUUGCACACCACAUCGCGUCACCACCACCCAGCACAGUCAAAACACUCGAUUCUUAUACCUAGUCCAUUGAAUACUUUACUUCACUCAGAUAGACACAUGAAGUACCAUUUCUACAAUUUAGGUGGCGAUUUCAUUAGAGUGUCGGCGUACCGACGCUUCAAGGAGUUGUUCUGUAUAGGUGGUGGUUCAUUCAUCAAAGAGAUUGUCUUUGAUUUAUCAACAUUCUUGAAAAGGGAGUUGAAUGACGAAAAGUCAGGAUUCCAUUUACAGUUCAAGAACUACCUCACUUCAAAUAGCACCAUUUUGCAAGAAAAAGAGCCUAGUUGGUGUGUGUGCGAUCAUCAUUUUGGAUUACGCAAUUGGUUAUUCAUUGUCUUUGGUUACAUGUUGCAAAAUUAUAAAGAAGAGGAAGUUCACGAAUGUUUGGAUGAUGUCAUCAAGAUGUACAUGAAUGCGAGAAAACUUGAUCACAAUAAUAUCCGAAUCAUCCGUGAUGAAAGGGAUAACUUCACAUUGGCCACUUUUCAGAAUUACAUAAAUACAGUGGAAAUUCAGGAAAAUCUAUUAUUUGAUACGCGCAACAACAGCUCCAGCAGAUUUGUCACAAUAUCACCAGCUUAUAACCAGAGAAUAUAUCUACCUCCUUUGCCAAGAUUGCAUAAUAGAGAUUUGUUAGUAAAGGCAUUGAUGCACAAGGAGUUUUAUCGAUUAUUGUUGGAUCCUCGCCAUAAAUUCGCCCAGACUAUGCAGUCCCACAAUUAUGAUCUAUCAUUCGGUGAAUACGGCUUGGUACGUAGAGAAAUUUCGUUCCUAGAUGGGUUGGGUGAUUUCUUUCUUGCUCAAGAAACAUCAAGACUCAUUUUUGAUUUGUGCUGCAACACCAACAGCGUUAAUGGUAAUGACGAAUCCAUACUCGAUGCCCAAGUCAGUUCUCAAACUUACAACCUCCUCAAGAUGAUCCUCGCCACUAACACUCUAAUGUCCAAAUUGACAAAAUGUUACAACUUGCACCAAGGAUUGAACGACCCCAUAAUCAAUACUCGCAUUGCUGAUGAAUGGAUUCCCUACACAACAUCUGGUGUUUUGCCAAAGGAAAAAGACCCCGAUGAAGUACGCAUCUAUGAGGAAGAAUUCUUGGGGGAUUUUUUCGAAAGCUAUAUGGCUGCAUUGUUGAUUGAACAGCCUCAAGUUGCAAAGUCCUUCAUUAGGGAAAUUUACAAACGGUUGAUUUCAGUAAUGACUAGGACAUUACCUCCCGAAGUGACGUACCAGAAUUGGACCAUGAACAUAUUGGGUAGAAACAUUUACGGAAAGAAAGAAGUUGCUUGA